UUGGCCCAAUCCGUUCAUUUUCUGUGAUUUGCUUGCCACCCAUUGCGCUGCGCCCUGCUAGCAACCGCUACGGAGUUGCAUUGCGCUCGCAUUUCCAUGGACUCGUCGACUGCUUCGGCAUAAAGAGAAUAGAGGAGGUCUGGAGGAGGAAAUAGUUUCGAGCGGUGGAGUGAUACGGGUGUGCUUGGUCUGUGUUGGGUUGCCUCGCUGAUACCAUGUAGAAAUUCGUAUGAAGCUAUGAAUCGAUUAGGUGGCGCAAGUCCAUCAGGAGUGGAUUUUAAGUUAGCUCCCGUGGCAGUUUUUUUUUUGGGAGCCAAUCUCGCUAGGUUUUUUAUGAUGAAACAAAGGCUAAUGUGUUUCGACAGUAGCUUUCGCUUCGUCAUUCUGUGUGUGUUCUCUUUGUAUAAAUAUUUGAAGCCUUACAGGUGUCCGUUUGCAAUUGCCUACUCAUCUCGGUUGCUGUCAGGAGUGUUACCACAGUCGUUCUUAUACGCUAAAAUUUCGCUUUCAGUCAUCUUAGCUGUUCCCAUCUUUGGUUAACAAACCCCAAGUUAGACACCACUCCUGUACGUUCGUACAGGGAAGUCCUCCUCAUUUGGUGGGCAGGUUUGCACUUGGUGCCAUCUAACUGUCCUUUUGAGUGGAAUUCACGGCACUUGAUGCCAACACUACUUCUCCUGAAUUUAGUUGCUUCUAGUGCAGAUUUGUAUCCCUGUUUAGUGGGCACUGCGCAAUACUAGGUUCAUGUGAUUCUGGACACUGGCAUGGCAUAAGGGUUGGUACUCGCUAGCACAAGCAUUCAGCUAUAUGUUCUACUCUGUUAUUGUUCUACCAGCAUUCGCCGCCUUUUGUUUUUCUCAGGGUUGAGGAUCUCUCAUAGAUGACUCGAGCUUCCACUAUUGAUUUUGGACGGAAGAACCAGGAUGAGCUCCAUGGGUUAGGGCCACUGCGUCCAGCAAACAUCAUCAGAAAUAAAUUCCCUACGUUCAAGAAUGGUUCAAAUGGGAUUAUUAUCAAACUGGCAGAUAGCCCUGGAAUUCCAUCUCUUAAGGACGCUGUUGCCAAGGAGACAGCAGAUCUGCUUGAUAAGCAUCAGCGCCUUUCAGUCCGUGAGCUCACCAUGAAAUUUGAGAAGGGUUUUAACACAGCGACCUUGUUGUCUAAUGAGGUGAAAUGGAGACAUGCAGCUUUAUUGGAGCGAGACAUCCUUCUGAAGAAUCUAAAAAGUGUAUUGGAGUCACUGAGAAUUCGAGUAGCGGGCAAAAAUAGGGAUGAAAUUGAGGAGUCUCUAUCUAUGGUUGAUAUUUUAGCAGUUCAGCUGUCCAAAAGAGAAGAUGAAUUGCUUCAGCAAAAAACAGAGGUCACAAAAAUAGCAUCCUCGUUGAAACUGGCUUCUGAAGAUGCCAAGAGAAUUGUUGAUGAAGAAAGAGCUAAUGCUCAGCUGGAGAUAGAAAAUGCUAAAGGUGCUGUACAGAGAGUUCGACUAGCACUUAAAGAACAAGAGAAUGUAUCUCAAAGAAUUGAGAAACAGGAUGUGGAUGAAUUGAAGGAGGAAGUUCAAGAAGCAAGAAGGGUGAAAAUGCUGCAUUGCCCAAGCAAGGCAAUGGACAUCGAAAAUGAGAUUCAAGUUCUCCGCGAUCAACUUGCUGAAAAAUCCUCAGAUUCUGUUUACAUUUUGAAAAAGUUGGAGCUGCACCGACGACUUGAGGAAAAUAAUGUGCCUUUGUAUGUGUUAGAGGGUCCUGAAACCUUAGGUUCAAUGUUGCACAUAGUUGUUCGGGACAAUGCAUCUGUAGAUUUUUCAAAUGCUUCAAUUCAGUGGUUUCGCAUACAACCUGAAGGGAGCAAGAAAGAAAUAAUUUCAGGUGCCAUAAAGCCAGUGUAUGCUCCGGAACCACACGACGUUGGGCGGUACAUUGAAGCUGAAAUCAAAUUUGGUGGUCACACCUCAGUCGCAAAGACUGCUGGUCCAGUAGACCCUGCUGCAGGAUUGGCCGAUUAUGUGGAGGCUCUUAUGAGGAAUCCUGAAACCAAUUAUAACGUUGUUGUUCUUCAAGUGAAUGGUGUUGCUCAGCCUGCAGAUUCCCUUCAUGUUCUUUGCAUUGGGAGACUUUGGAUGAGACUCACUAGAGAAAAGGCAGUCGUUGCGAAGGAAUUCUAUUCGUCGUCAAUGCAGCUCUGCGGUAUGAGAGGUGGUGGAGAUGCCGCCCCGCAAGCAAUCUUUUGGCAACCCAGAAAGGAGCUGAGCUUUGUGUUGGGCUUUGAGACAACCAGGGAACGCAACUCAGCACUCAUGCUCGCCCGGAGAUUCGCCAUGGAUUGCAAUAUCAUCCUUGCUGGCCCAGGGGACAAAACUCUGUGGUAACGAGCAGCCCACUCUGAAGACUGACAUGCAGUAGUUAGAUACCUGAUCUGAUCUCUGAGUAGUUGGAUUCAGUUUAGCAGCGUAGUUAGUGCCUGGCGUUGGCACCGACCGAUUCAUUUCAGUUUAGCCACUAAUUGCAUUGUAGUUACUUACAGGCUAAGCUCUGUGUAAUUCUUCCCCCGAACUCCUAGUACCCGUAAAUAUGAUGUGCCUCUCUGUUCUCUGUCC